AUGGUGUCGGGGUCAACGUUCGUCGCCUCCUGGCGAGUCAGUUCCGUCAUCGUUGCCUCCGCAUUAUCUUGCUUGGUGCAUGCGACGACGCCCUCCGUGAAUGUCGCUCUGCAAGCUUCUUUCGAUUCCGCACCUUAUCUUAUAGAGCUACUUGAAACGGCUGCUGAGGAGAACUCGACAUCAUAUUUCCCGAUACUAGACCGAAUCGCCGAGGGAGCUUUCGAUGAUGCCGUGUCAGACAAGGAGCUGUAUGAUCGGUUCCUGGAGGUGAUUCACACCGACGGACACCUGAGGACCCCCGAAGCACUCUCCUCUUUCAAGUUGUCGUUGUCCAUCCGAUCUGCCAGUCCUCGUAUCGCCGCACACUAUCAGUACUAUAAUGCCUCGGUCCAGCAUUCGUUGGCGGCCGCCCAAGACGCAGUCUGUCCGGUCUGGGUCCAUGCGGAGGGAAAGCAGUAUUGCUCCUCUACUCUGGAACGUGCCCAACAGGGUGUGAUGGGUCCAAGUGACCCUCCAGAGCUCCCCUUCGAUCGCGUUCUCGGAGACGCUUCCCUCCCACCGGCGAUCCUCUAUGCGGACCUAGCGUCUCCGAUGUUCAAGGACUUCCACCAGUCCCUGACCGCUCUUGCCAGAGAUGGCCAGUUCUCGUAUCGAGUACGUUACAGGCCUCCGCAGCACUGGAGUUCGCGUCCGCUGUUCGUGUCGGGAUAUGGUGUCGAGCUUGCAUUGAAACGGACGGAUUACAUCGUCAUUGACGACAGGGCUGCUGAGGAAAGGAGCUCCGAUGCUCCAAACUCGAAGAAGUCAGUCAAUGGGGAGGGAGAUGAUCUGGAUGACCUGAGACCACUGUCCUCGUCGGAAGUAUCACGGCUCGGUCCGGGCACUGUUGGCUACGUCCUGGACAGCCAGAGCCCGCUGGAUGCACUGGUCGAGCUGUCGCAGGACUUCCCCAAGUACUCGGCCAAGAUUGCCGCCCACAAUGUCACCAAAGAACUCUUGCAGGACAUCCAGUCAAGUCGGCUCCGGAUGCUCCCUCCGGGAUUCAAUGCCCUGUGGAUCAAUGGUGUUCAGAUCGAUGCUCGACAGGUCGAUGCUUUCACUCUCUUAGACCACCUGCGUCGUGAGAGGAAGCUGAUCGAGAAGUUCCGCAACCUUGGACUCUCCGCCAGUGAGUCCGUGGAUCUGCUGUCCCACAAGUUCCUGGCGGCGGCAAUGGCUCAGGAUGGCCCUCAGCGGUACAACUACCGGGACGAGAUCGAGGGUGGCGGUGUGAUCAUGUGGCUGAACGACCUUGAAAAGGAUGCACGCUACGAAUCGUGGCCAAGCGACCUCGGUGGAUACAUGCAACGUGUAUUCCCUGGCCAGUUGCCGUCUGUCCGUCGUGAAGCUAACAAUGUGGUUAUUCCGGUUGAUUUGGCCAAGCUCGAUGAUGCCACCCUCAUUGUUAAAUCCAUCCAGGUCUUUGUGAAGAACAAGAUUCCCGUGAGGUUUGGCUUGGUUCCGACAACUUCCUCCCCGGGCUCAAUUGCGCAGCUCAAGGUUGCUCAUUACCUGCAAGAUACCUUUGGUCUGGCUAGCUUGAUGAGCUAUUUGGAAACGUCAGUGUCCAAGAACAAGUUAAGCUCCCCGGACAAGACAGCCUUUCAGGCUGCGACCGCAGACCGAACUGCUCGCCCCGAUAAGCAAUCCUUGUCUCUGGAUGAAGUGCUCAAGAACGAUGCCGUGGACACUAUAGUGAGCCGGACUAGUGAAUAUUUGAAACGUCUGGGUGUCACAGGAGAAGCGUCACACUCGUUUGUGAACGGCGUCCCGAUUCUUCGUAAUGAGAAUUGGGCUCAGGAAUUGAGCUCCAGGGUCAGCCGGGAUAUCCAGGCAAUUCAACAGUCGAUCGCCGAUGGGGAACUUGCCGAAGACACAUGGUUACCCGGCCUUUUCCUCUCCGAUGCCUUCGACAGACGUAACCCUGUCAUUGUCCCUGAAGAUCCAAAGGACGUUCGAAUUGUGGACAUGGCGCAAGUCGCAGAGACGUAUGGCGAGCUUCUCGGAUCUCUCCCUCGCAUUCCAUCAACCCAGGACAAUAUCCUUGCUAGCAGUCAUGUGAUCGUAGCGGGCGACUUCAGCGAUGAAUCCGGCUUUAACUUACUGAGCGCAGCGCUUGGGAGCCUCAAGAAUCACGAUGAGGCUGAAGUACUGCUCCUGCACAACGUUGGUGCAAACUCGUCUAUCUGGACUGGAUCCUAUACUAUCCAUCGUUAUCUGAAGAAGUGGAAAAAGAAAGAUGAUGUUGAUGCCGCAAAGCUUCUGGAAGAGCUCACAGGAACCGACGUAUGGUCUCGUGAAGACAAGCAGGAGGCUGAAAGCUUCUGGUGUGCCCACCAGCCUCUGGUCAAAGGUCUUGGGCUUUCCUCGGGUGCAAAUGCAAUCAUCAUCAAUGGAAGAGUCAUCGAAGUGCCAGUCGACGUGGCGCUGACUUCAGACGAUGUGGACCAGCUACUGGCUUAUGAGAGGCAGAAGCGUAUCGCGCCUGUUGCCAAGGCUGCCGAAGCAUUAGGUUUCGGCGCGAAGCUCAGUGGCCCGCUUCCCCUUGCUAAACUGACUUCUCUGGCAGCCCUUUCUACCGUCUCCGACGUGCCGGAGGGUAUUUACGAAUCGACACCCGACAUCCGCGUCAACCUUUUUGAGCGGUGGGACAACGCUCGCUCCACAAUCACGGUCUCCAACUCGGAGGAUCCUGUGAUUACCAUUGUAGCCUCUAUCGACCCGACAUCUGAAGUCGCUCAGAAGUGGUUGCCCAUUCUGAAGGUGCUCUCGGACUUGGCCAACGUCAGAAUGCGGCUCGUUCUGAAUCCCCGGGAUGAACUGCAGGAGCUGCCCACUAAGCGGUUCUAUCGCUACGUGCUGGACUCGGAGCCCUCGUUCAGCCAGGACGGAUCUGUCGCUCGUCCUACCGCCUCUUUCUCCGGUGUUCCUGUUGAAGCACUUCUAACAUUGGGCAUGGACGUUCCAUCUUCGUGGCUUGUGGCUCCGAAGGAAUCUGUGUACGACCUUGACAACAUCAAGCUGAGCUCGGUCAAAGAGGGUACAAACGUGGAUGCAAUAUACGGUCUGGAGCACAUCCUCAUUGAAGGCCACUCACGGGAUCUUACCAUGAAGACGGCUCCAAGGGGAGUGCAGCUCAUUCUGGGGACAGAGGAAAGCCCUCAAAUCUCCGACACCAUCAUCAUGGCCAAUCUGGGUUACUUCCAAUUCAAGGCUCAGCCGGGCCUUUGGACCAUCAACCUGAAACCCGGCCGCAGCGAGCGGAUCUUCCAACUUGACAGCCUCGGGAACGAGGGGUACAGCCUCCAUCCCAACGACGACACUAGCAACGAGGUUGCCCUUCUCUCCUUCCAGGGCAAGACACUCUUCCCCCGCCUGUCCCGCAAGAAGGGUCAGGAGAUGGAAGACGUGCUAGAGACGGGCUUCAAACCCGGAAGCGCGAUGGACUAUGUCUCCAAGGGCCUCAACUUCGCUUCCGGCGUUCUCUCCAGCGUGGGGAUCAACGGCUCCCCCAAGGACGUGGCGGGCGGCAAACAAGCGGACAUCAACAUCUUCUCCGUCGCGAGCGGCCACCUCUACGAGCGCAUGCUCAACAUUAUGAUGGUGUCGGUCAUGCGCAACACGGAGCACACGGUCAAGUUUUGGUUCAUCGAGCAAUUCCUCUCCCCGUCCUUCAAGUCCUUCCUGCCGCACCUGGCGGCCGAGUACGGUUUCUCCUACGAGAUGGUGACCUACAAGUGGCCGCACUGGCUGCGCGCGCAGACGGAGAAGCAGCGCGAGAUCUGGGGCUACAAGAUUUUGUUUCUGGACGUCCUCUUCCCGCUAAGUCUGGACAAGGUGAUCUUCGUGGACGCGGACCAGGUCGUGCGCACCGACAUGUACGACCUUGUCUCGCUGGACCUGGAGGGCGCCCCCUACGGCUUCACGCCCAUGUGCGACUCGCGCCACGAGAUGGAGGGCUUCCGCUUCUGGAAGCAAGGGUACUGGAAGAACUUCCUCCGGGGCCAGCCCUACCACAUCUCGGCCCUCUACGUCGUCGACCUCAGCCGCUUCCGCGCCCUGGCCGCCGGCGACCGCCUCCGCGGCCAGUACCAGAUGCUCUCCGCCGACCCCGGCAGUCUCAGUAACCUCGACCAGGACCUGCCCAACCACAUGCAGCACCACAUCCCGAUCAAGAGCCUGCCGCAGGAGUGGCUGUGGUGCGAGACCUGGUGCUCCGACGAGUCCCUGGCCCAGGCCCGCACCAUCGACCUCUGCAACAACCCGUUGACCAAGGAGCCCAAGCUCGAGCGGGCCCGCCGGCAGGUCCCGGAGUGGACCGUGUACGAUGAGGAGAUCGCCGCCUUGGAGAAGAGAGUCCGGGUGGAGGUGCAGGAUGUCCGUGUAGAAGAAGUGGAGGCGGAGGCGGAGGCUGGUGCUGGAUGGGAUAAAGAUGAGCUUUAG